UCCAACCUACUCAAUUCAGUGAGUCUCAGAGAUAGGGCUCGCUUGAAGACAUUAUCAUCUCCUCAUACUGGUGCAUGGUUGCGGGCAACUCCAAACCGUAACUUAGGCCUCACCAUGUCACCCCAUGAGUUUGUUGUAGCAGCAAGAUACUGGUUGGGUCUACCUGUGUUUCCGUUCCCACCAAACAGCAUCAGAUGUAUAUGUGGUCAUCCACUUGACCCAUAUGGAGAUCAUCUUGUUGGGUGUGGUCAUGGUCCACAUCGUCUGAAUCGACAUAAUGCUUUAUGUGAGUCUAUUUGGCAAUCACUCCUCAUUGAUUCCAAACAAGUUGUGAAAGAACAGAGAAGCUCGGGUCAAUCCAAAUGCCGCCCAGGUGAUGUCUUCCAUCCGAAUUUCUUGAAUGGACGGCCUGGAUAUUUUGACAUCACUGUAAGAAACACGUUGCAACCAUCUUACAUUGCUCGAGUUGCUGAAACAUCAGGAGUUGUUGCAGAAGCAGCAGAAAUGGGCAAGGAUGAUCGUCACCAUGCAAGAGUAUCUUUGACUGGUGGUACAUUUUAUCCGUUGGUAGUUGAAACACUUGGCCUUUGGUCACCAGACAGUCUAGAGACUUUGAAGUCUAUAUCCUCAAAAGUAUGUGCUGUGUUAGCUGUUCCCUUCUGGAAGGCUUUAAAGAAUUUGCUAGAGCAGCUUUCUGUUAGAUUAUGGAUUUAUAACGCUAGAAUGAUAUCUAGCCGCAUACUUGCGGAAGUAGCUGAAGUCCUUAGUUGGGACUUCCCUGUAUGUGAGUAGGUGUGUAAGAAAUAAAUAAAUAUAUAUAUAUAAAAAA